AUGGCGAGCCACUCCAAGUCGCGAUGGGCCGAUGAUGAGGAAGAUGCAGCAUUGGAAGCUCAGCGGAAGCGUGAGAAAGAAUUGAAGAGAAAGGUGAAAGCAGAGAAACAGCGGAAGCUUGAGGAGCAAGAGAGUCUACGGAGACAAAAUCCAGUGGACGCCACUGAGGAUGCUACGCACGACCAUGAAGCUAUCAAUGGAGCCGCUGAACGGCCGUUCAAGAGAAGAAAACUUUCCCCAGAGCCUGAUACGCCUCUAAAAGAGCUACCACCAGCAAAGCUCUUGCGCUUCCCUGCGCCAGAAUGGGGCCCCUGCAGGCAUGUCGACAAUUUCGAGAAGCUGAACCAUAUCGAAGAAGGCUCCUAUGGCUGGGUAUCGCGGGCCAAAGAGACAGCUACUGGGGGGAUUGUUGCUUUGAAAAAGCUCAAGAUGGACAAUUCCAAUGACGGUUUUCCGGUCACCGGCCUACGAGAGAUACAGACACUGAUGGCAUCACGGCAUACGAACAUCGUUGCUUUACGGGAGGUCGUUAUGGGCGACAAAUUGGACGAUGUUUUCCUGGUCAUGGAUUUCCUCGAGCACGACCUCAAGACGCUGCAAGAAGACAUGCUCGAUGCUUUCUCGCCCUCGGAGAUCAAGACAUUACUUCUACAACUCACUUCGGCCGUUGACUACCUGCACAGCAAUUGGAUCUUACAUCGGGACUUGAAGACCUCGAAUCUACUCAUGAACAACAGAGGUCAGCUGAAGGUCGCAGACUUUGGCAUGGCAAGAUACUAUGGUGAUCCACCACCGAAGCUCACGCAGCUCGUAGUGACAUUGUGGUACCGCGCUCCAGAGCUACUGUUAGGCGCAGAGAAGUAUGGAGCAGAGAUCGAUUUAUGGAGCGUUGGUUGCAUAUUCGGCGAGCUUUUGACAAAGGAUCCCUUGCUGCAAGGGAAGAACGAAGUUGAUCAGCUUUCAAAGAUUUUCGAACUCUGUGGCAUUCCGACCGAAGCCACCUGGCCUGGCUUCAAACGUCUGCCCAACGCCCGCUCACUCCGGCUUCCAAGCAUCUCCCAAACGACUGGGAACGUUCUCCGAGCCAAGUUCCCCCUUCUGACUACUGCCGGGUCUGCCCUGCUCACGUCCCUCCUCAGCCCAAACCCUGCACAACGACCCACGGCAAGCGAAGUUCUCGCUCAUCCUUAUUUUAGAGAAGAUCCAAAGCCCAAAAGCACAGCGAUGUUUCCCACAUUUCCCUCAAAGGCGGGCCAAGAAAAGAGGAGGAGACUAGCGAGUCCAAGUGCGCCGAAGAGAGGGGAUGCGCCGAGGAUCGCGGGAGAAGCGGCGGAUUUCAGUGGCAUUUUUGCGAAUAGAGACACCGAAGAGGUUGGGGGUGGAUUCGCGUUGAAGCUGAUAUAG